CUCUGAGCAUUCGGGCGGCCGGGUAGACCCAGACCAGACACAAAAUGCUCACCACCUAGUCUCCAGCUUUAAGUCAACCAAAGUGCGUCGUCGACGUCUCGUUCCACGUCUGCUGCAAUCGCGGUUUCGAUCUUUCGGACAAGUGCAAAUUUGCUUCCACCACCACCAGCAGCAGCACGGGCAGUGGGUUUCAAAGUUUCAAGCAAGUUUUGUGUCCUGCUAAAAGUCAGUUUCCAAUCUGUUCUGCCAAGUGGAAGAAGGAUCGCAUCUAGCGCUAGUUUCGAAGUCGUUGAAGUGUGAGUGCUUGUCAGGGAAUUUUUUUGUUCCUGGUGCAAAAAAAAACAAAGUAGGGAAGAACUUUCCGUCCGAGUGGAAAUUUCAUUACCACGACGAGCUGCUUUUCUCCGCGUGUUAUCAGCUGCUGCAAGAAGGUCGCAUCCAAAAGUGCAUCCAUAGUAGAGUAACUGCGGAUAAGAAGAAGAAGAAGUUGUUAAAUUGAGUGCACACGAUUUCGCAGGUUGGGUGAAGAAAUACGCCCGCGCGGAAUUUCUCAAGAGUGUUCAGCAACGUGGUGUGCUACUAGGAGUAGUGGCUGCUUGUCCGUCGCUUGAAAGGCGCGUCCAUUAUUAGAUAAUACCGGAGAAAAUCUCGUUUUAAACCGGGACGAGCGUUCGUGAGUGUGAGGAAAGAAGCAGCGAGCCGAGUGAAAAAAAGAAGCAAACAACGUCUUUUGUGAAGGCAACCAUCGUCACGUGCGUCGUUCGGAUCGUUAUUGCUCUCUGAGACUUAAGGCCUCCGGAUUCGGAACGGGGCGAAGAAUACAAAAUAAGCAGUAUGAAAAUGUUUUCAAAAUUUACCGCACUGUCAAACCGUGGAACCGUCGCCACGUUCACUGUGAUAGCGCUACUGGUGUGUGUACUUGCGAUCGCACACGUAGAUGCCCAGACACCGGCCGUCAGUAGUAGCAGCAGCAGCAGCAGCAGCACCGGCACCAGCACCGGCACCGUCAACAAGUCACAGGUUUCCGACGAAGCACUGGACAAGGCACUGAGUGACAAGCGAUACCUUAUGCGGCAGCUCAAGUGCGCCCUCGGUGAGGUGCCGUGCGAUCCCGUCGGAAAGCGGUUGAAGAGCUUGGCACCGUUCGUGCUGCGUGGAGCAUGCCCCCAGUGUAGCCCGGCGGAGAUGACUCAGAUUAAGAAAACCUUGGCCCAUCUACAGAGGAAUUUCCCCGCCGAGUGGAACAAACUGGUGCAAACGUAUGCGGGUUAGUCUACAACAAGCGACCGGGAAUGGGAAGCCAACUGUACAAAGAAGAAGCGCGGGAAAAUUAUCCCUGCCGGGCUUGGAGCGAGGGAUGAUGGAAGGGGAAACAUUAAAACAAAACAGAAAACUUUUUUUUAACGACAGAACCAGCAGCAGCUGAUAAAACAUUUAAAAUAGGGAAAUUUCAAGCAUGGAAAUGUUCCAGCGAUAAGGAGUAAAGCAAAGUGAUAAUAAAUUAUUGCGCUCAGCUGAGCGGAACAGCUUGGGCGAAUCUCGUAAA